GUCGCUGUGAGCUUGUUCCUCUUUUGCAGCAGCUCUGUAAGAAGCGCACGGCUCAAACUUCCUUGUCCAAGCCCAGUGCGCUGCGUUCUGCCGCCCCGUCCGCAUCUCCAACCCAAUACGUAGAGGAAAGUGCAGCACCGGGAUGGAUCCUACUGAAAAGAAAUGAGGACUAUCCUUCACACAGCAGCCCGAAUCUAGAACAGCAAACACAACUGCGGAGAGAAGAGUCCAAGUGAUUAAAGCGCGAAGACAUCAUGGGCUGUGUGGGCUCAAAGAAGGAGCAGGAGCCUCUCAGCAAAGGGACGGGCAACGAUGAGCUGCAGAACCGUGCACAGACGGCACAUUAUGUCAAAGACCCCACAGCAGGAAACUUCGGGAACAAAGCUACCAAAAUGCCAUCCAAUGCAAACUCUUCAGAAGGAGAGACUAUUGCCAUGGCGCUGUAUGACUAUGAGGCCAUCCAUGACGGUGAUCUUGGCUUCAAGAAGGGAGAUAAGCUCAGGAUCUUAGAGGAAUCAGGGGAGUGGUGGAGAGCUAUGUUAAUCAGCUCAGGUCAGGAAGGCUAUAUCCCCAGUAAUUAUGUGGCCAAAGAUACUCUGGAGGCAGAGGAGUGGUUCUUUAAGGGCGUGAGCAGGAAAGAUGCCGAGAGGCAGCUGCUGGCCCCUGGGAACCGAAUGGGAUCCUUCAUGAUCCGAGACAGUGAGACCACACAGGGCAGCUACUCGCUGUCAGUCAGGGACCAUGACCAGAGCGGUGACACAGUGAAACAUUAUAAGAUCCGUACGUUGGACAACGGAGGGUUCUACAUCUCACCCCGCAACACCUUCAGCACCCUGCAGGAGCUGGUCAGCCAUUACAAGAAGCAGGGAGAUGGCCUGUGCCAAACGCUGACCAGUCCGUGCCUGAGCCCCAAACCCGAGAAACCUUGGGAGAAGGACGCGUGGGAAAUCCCAAGAUCAUCACUCAAACUGGAGAAGGAGCUCGGUGCUGGACAGUUCGGAGAAGUCUGGAUGGCCACAUACAAUAAACACACAAAAGUAGCAGUGAAGACCAUGAAGCCCGGCAGCAUGUCGGUUGAAGCCUUCAUGGCGGAGGCCAACCUGAUGAAGACUCUGCAGCACGACAAACUGGUCCGACUCAAUGCUGUGGUCACCAAGGAGGAGCCCAUCUACAUCAUCACUGAGUACAUGGAGAAAGGUAGUUUAUUAGACUUCAUAAAGAGUGACGAAGGAAACCGUGUCCAGCUCCCAAAACUCAUUGACUUCUCUGCCCAGAUCGCAGAGGGCAUGGCCUACAUUGAGCAGAGGAACUACAUCCACAGAGAUCUGAGAGCUGCCAACAUCCUGGUCAACAAGGCCUUAGUGUGCAAAAUUGCUGACUUCGGUCUCGCUCGCAUCAUCGAAGACAACGAGUACACAGCCAGAGAAGGAGCCAAAUUCCCCAUCAAAUGGACAGCCCCUGAGGCCAUCAACUACGGCUCUUUCACCAUCAAAUCUGACGUCUGGUCCUUUGGCAUCUUGCUGACUGAGAUCAUCAGCUAUGGACGCACACCAUACCCAGGCAUGACCAACCCAGAAGUGAUCCGCUCCCUGGAGAAGGGCUACCGAAUGCAGCGUCUGGAAAGUUGUCCCACCGAACUCUAUGAAAUCAUGCUGGAGUGCUGGAAGAACAAGCCUGAGGACCGUCCCACCUUUGACUACCUGCAGAGCGUCCUGGAGGAUUUCUACACAGCCACAGAGAGCCAGUAUCAGCAACAGCCAUGAGACUUACACACGUUUUCUCUUGUAGUACUGUUCCAUAAAUACUUCACAGCAAGUCCAGUUUCUACACCCAGCAGUGCAGGUCAGAGCAAAUACACAUGAUCCAUCUUUACCGCUCUCUCUUUCUCAGUCACACUCAUGUAUCAUAGCAAGGGACUGUACAAAAAUUACUGUGGAAGGAGGGCUGAAACUUUAUUUUCUAUAUAUUUUUAAGAAGCUAGGGGGCACUGUUCCUAAUUUUUCAUAUUUUUACUGGGCCUUUGAAUGAAAACAAUUUAAUGUACUAUAAUCACAAAGGAAACAUUUAGUAAUGCAAAAUAUAAAAAUAAUAUAAUCAGUAAUGAUUCUUUUUUACUAAAAAUAUUAAAAUAAUUAGGACAAAAUUAGGACAACACAAUCCUACCUCAAACUUCAGUCAGGGGCACUGCAGCACGCAUGAUGUCUGCUGAUGUUCUGAAGGCUUGGUUACAGGAUAACAUGAUCAUAGCUGCCUCUGCUGUAUAGUUUCACAAAAAAGCCAUAAAUCAUCUGGAUGCACAC